ACGUUCUCCGAGGAACGUCUAUUUGCUUGUAGCAUUUGUUUGAUUGCGCUUGCCGUAGACUUGUGGGAGUUUAUGUAAAACCAUGAUGGCGGCGGCCUGUGCAAGAACGCUCAGUAAGGUCGCCCGGUUAGUUUUAGACACGCCGACAUGCCGUGUAACAAACGCCGCAGCACUAGUGCCGAGAUUCUCCAUGAGAUGCCAAGGAAGGGCUUACGGAACCGGCGGAGCGGGGUUUAGAUCCAGAGCGUUGCUCGCUGCGCCGACGCGUGGCAGCGGGAGAGUCCUGGGAUGCGCCUUCUUGCUCGGUGGUGGUUUCGGCUUGUACCAGACCGUCAAACUCACGCUUCAGCGUCACCAUGCAGACGAAAAAUCAAAUGCACCUGAGCUGGGGACAGAUCUGAAGUUGACACUGUAUCAGUAUAAGACCUGUCCGUUUUGCAGCAAGGUGCGAGCCUUCCUGGAUUAUCAUGGGCUGCCAUAUGAAAUUGUGGAGGUCAAUCCCGUCAUGCGACAGGAGAUCAAGUGGUCCACGUACAGAAAAGUCCCCAUCCUGAUGGUGAACGGGACGUUGCAACUUAAUGAUUCUUCAGUAAUAAUAAGUGUUUUGAAGACAUACCUUGUCAGCAGGGAAAAAACUAUGUCUGAGAUUCUCACAUGUUAUCCUGAGAUGAAGGCAAAAAAUGACCGUGGAAAAGAUGUGAUAGAGUUUGGCAAUAAGUACUGGGUCAUGGUACGAGACGCAGAUGCUGAUCAUCUAUAUCCUGGAAAAGACAACAGAAAAGAGGAGAUUAAAUGGCGGAAAUGGGCAGAUGAGUGGCUGGUGCACUUAAUUUCCCCAAAUGUUUACCGAACACCGACUGAAGCCCUUGCAUCCUUUGAUUACAUUGUGCGAGAAGGAAAAUUUGGCACAUUUGAGGGAUUCUUUGCCAAGUACUUUGGAGCUGCUGCCAUGUGGAUCAUUUCAAAGAGAUUGAAAAAUAAACACCAUCUGCAAGAUGAUGUGAGACAGGAUCUCUACAAGGCCGUCAAUGAUUGGGUGUCAGCCAUCGGAAAGAACAAGAAAUUUAUGGGAGGAGAUCAACCCAACCUUGCAGAUCUGGCUGUGUUUGGUGUUCUGAGGGUUAUGGAGGGCCUCCAGGCAUAUGAAGACAUGAUGGAACAUACCAAGGUGAAGAACUGGUAUCGACGUAUGGAGAAGGCCACACAACGAGAGUCAUAAAAUCAAAGCUUCCGUCAUCGCUGCACCAACUUGAAACACUUUAUACCACAGUAUACUAAUGGUAGUCUACUGGUUUUGCAAAUCUUAAAAGACUAAUUUUUGUUAAGUAACUGGCUUCCAUUCUUCCUUUGCUCAGACUGUAAUCACAGAGCUAAGAGUUUAAUUCCAAGAGAUUAAAAGCAAACAAAAAAAUUUUGUUCCAAAUAUAAUUUGUUUUGCAACCGAACUGGAUUUCGCUAUUUCAUAUAAUCUAUAGACAAUGUGAAUGGGUUUUAGAGGGAUUGUUUCAAAACCAUCCAGUUUUUUUCCAUCUCUGUGAACUAGUUUGUAGCUUGACAACAUUACUGGACAAAUGUAUAAUCUGGUAAUUAUUUUCAGCAAAUGACGGUUAAUUUCUUUCCACAAGUUACUCAUUCUUUUGAAUGUUUGUCCCUUUUGUCUUACUGAAGUGGUUCCCCUCUCAUCGUGAUGAGCUCAGCCCUCAAACAUGCUUGUGUCUACCUCAGUUUGCAUUACUGUUGACUGGGUCAUAUGUGUCCAAUGACUUUAAAAUUUGUGGUUUACUGAAUGUUCAACCUUGAGAUUUCAAGGGGUUUAACUUAAAAUGUGAUCUCACGGAGUAAUGGUUUAAAUCUGAAAGUUGCUUUGGACAUUUGUAGUAUCCAGUUAAGCAAGAACUUUGCCUAUGCAUCAUAUUCACAUUCGACAAAAGUGAUAAUUUUUUGUCAAUGAAAUAAAGUAAAAAUCUCAAGCA